CAGCCGUCACCAUCAGUGCUGCCGCGGCUUGCUGGCGAGCCCCACCGGCCCGCGUCACCGCUCUGCGCGCUCCCUGCACCUCCCUGGCUGCAGCAGCCGGAGAAAACGAAAGCCAGGCGGCCCGAGCACUCGCGAUCGCGCCGGCUCUGCUGCUCAUCCCGGUACCUACUCCAGGGCUGUGCGCACCGCGCGGGCGGCGGCUGAACACGCACAGAGAGGGUGCGGGAGCCGCAGGGCCCCCCCCGGCUUUGGGCGGCUGCUGCUCGGCCUUGGCCGAGGCUUGUUCCAGCUCGCCGUUCGGUCCCGGGCCUGGCCGGUGAGCCGCGCGCAGUAUGGGCAGAUGCUGCUUCUACACGGCGGGGACGCUGUCUCUGCUGCUGCUGGUGACCAGCGUCACGCUGCUAGUGGCUCGAGUCUUUCAGAAGGCGGUAGACCAGACGAUCGAGAAGAAUAUGGUAUUACAAAAUGGCACCAAGGUCUUUAAUUCCUGGGAGAAGCCCCCUCUACCUGUGUACAUCCAGUUUUAUUUCUUCAAUGUCACCAAUCCUGAGGAGAUCCUCCAAGGAGAAAUCCCCCUACUAGAAGAAGUGGGGCCAUACACCUACAGGGAGCUCCGGAACAAGGCAAAUAUUCAGUUUGGAGAAAAUGGAACAACUAUAUCUGCUGUCACCAAUAAGGCAUAUGUUUUUGAACGAAACCAAUCUGUAGGAGAUCCUAACGUUGACUUGAUUAGAACAAUAAAUAUUCCUCUGUUGACUGUCGUGGAUCUGGCCCAGCUGCCCCUGCUCAGGGAGCUUAUCGAAGCCAUGCUGAAAGCCUAUCAGCAGAAGCUGUUCGUGAUUCACACCGUGCACGAACUGCUCUGGGGCUACAAAGAUGAAAUCUUGUCCCUCGUCCAUAUUUUCAAACCUGACGUCUCCCCGAAUUUUGGCCUGUUCUAUGAGAGAAAUGGAACGAAUGACGGGGAGUAUGUGUUUCUGACUGGAGAGGACAAUUACCUUAACUUUUCAAAAAUCGUGGAGUGGAAUGGAAAAACGUCGCUGGACUGGUGGACCACAGACACGUGCAAUAUGAUUAACGGGACAGACGGAGACUCUUUUCACCCGCUGAUAAGCAAGGAUGAGGUCCUGUACCUCUUCCCGUCAGACUUGUGCAGGUCAGUACAUAUCACUUUCAGCAGCUAUGAGAACGUAGAAGGACUGCCUGCUUUUCGGUAUAAGGUGCCUGCAGAAAUACUAGCCAACACCUCCGAAAACGCUGGCUUCUGUAUACCCGAGGGAAACUGCAUGGACUCAGGGGUGUUGAACAUCAGCAUCUGCAAGAAUGGUGCGCCCAUUAUCAUGUCUUUCCCACACUUUUACCAAGCCGACGAGAAGUUCGUUUCUGCCAUAAAAGGCAUGCAUCCCAACAAGGAAGAGCAUGAGUCGUUUGUGGACAUUAAUCCUUUGACUGGAAUUAUUUUGAGAGGGGCCAAGAGAUUCCAGAUCAACACUUAUGUUAGGAAACUGGAUGGCUUUGUUGAAACAGGAGACAUCAGGACUAUGGUUUUCCCAGUGAUGUAUCUCAAUGAGGUAAGUCCUGAAAGAGGAGGAAGACACAGGAUGUUUUAACUGUCCAAGCUUGGC